AUGGAUUUAACCAUGAAUUUAUCAAUUCGUAAGCCGGAACAGCGGAUAAAACAACAAUCUCAGCCAUAUGUUCUAAUUCCACCUGCUGUUCAACAACGUGUUAUGCAACAAACGAAGUAUGUUCAAUUACUUAAUGUUAUUGAAGAAAUGGGUAAAGAUACUAAACCAACAUAUGCGGGCAAUACAAAUUCAGCUGAACGUUUACGGCGUGCGAUUGCAUCAGCUCGUGUUCUGGUUCGAGAAUGUCAACUUGAAUGUGAUCGAGAUAGUCGACCUUGA